AGUCUAUCGUGCACGUGUCUCUGCAUCAACAGGCGGAUAACCCGUAUUUGGUUACACCGGACUCAGACUUGAGGGGGUAUUUUUCCCAUCACAUAGGCCUACGGGUUGUCGUUUCUACUGCGCUCGGUGCACUAGUGUAGGCAAAACAUGUCUCACAAAGCUUGUUACACAAACCCAGGAGCAGGGGUUAAGCGACCCCAUAACGACACAGGGAACAAGUUGACAGUUGUACUUGGUGCACAAUGGGGCGAUGAAGGGAAGGGAAAAGUGGUCGACUUGUUGGCGACAGAGUCGGACAUCAUUUGCAGAUGCCAGGGCGGUAACAACGCAGGUCACACGGUGGUGGUGGAUGGGAAGGAAUAUGACUUCCACCUCCUACCCAGCGGGAUCAUCAACUCCAAAGCUCUUUCCGUGAUCGGCAAUGGUGUGGUCAUUCAUCUGCCAGGCUUGUUUGAAGAAGCUGAAAAAAAUGAAAAGAAAGGCCUUAAAGACUGGGAGAAGAGACUGAUCAUCUCAGACAGGGCCCACAUUGUGUUUGACUUUCACCAGGCAGUUGACGGGCUCCAGGAGGUACAGAGAGAAGCACAGGAAGGGAAAAAUAUUGGAACCACAAAGAAAGGCAUCGGACCAACCUACUCAAGCAAAGCAUCACGUACGGGGCUGCGUAUCUGUGACCUUCUAGCUGAUUUCAAAGACUUUUCUAUGAGGUUCAAGAACCUUGCUCAGCAGUACCAGGCCAUGUUCCCCACAUUGGAGGUAGAUGUUGACGGUCAACUGAAGAAAUUAAAGGAGUAUGCUGAGCGGAUAAGACCCAUGGUGCGAGACGGUGUCUAUUUCAUGUACGAUGCUAUUAAUGGACCCCCUAAGAAGAUUCUGGUGGAGGGAGCGAACGCUGCCCUGCUUGACAUUGACUUUGGAACAUACCCAUUUGUGACAUCAUCAAACUGUACCGUGGGUGGUGUAUGUACCGGACUGGGCAUCCCCCCUCUGAACAUUGGUGAUGUGUAUGGGGUAGUGAAGGCCUACACGACUAGAGUGGGCAUCGGUGCGUUCCCCACAGAACAACUCAAUGAGGUUGGAGAGCUGCUGCAGACGCGGGGCCAUGAGGUGGGCGUGACCACAGGGAGGAAGAGACGCUGUGGUUGGCUGGAUCUGGUCAUCCUGCGUUACGCCAACAUGAUCAACGGCUUCACUGCGUUUGCAUUAACCAAACUUGAUAUCCUUGAUGUGAUGGAUGAAAUCAAAGUGGGAGUGUCUUAUAAGCUCAAUGGCAAAAAGAUUCCCUAUUUCCCAGCUAACAUGGACGUCUUGCAGAAAGUGGAAGUGGAGUACGAGAAACUGCCUGGCUGGAAGAGUGACACCUCAGCCUGUAGGAAGUGGGAAGAUCUGCCAGUCAAAGCCCAGAACUACAUCCGCUUUGUGGAGAUCCACGUUGGCGUACCCAUCAAAUGGGUUGGAGUGGGCAAGGCCAGGGAGUCUAUGAUCCAGAUGUUCUAGGACACAACACCUUCCUCCAUCCUUYCUCUCUCCAUGAAGGUGAAUUGAGGUGCUAUGGCUUUAUCUGCCCUGGUCAGAUUUCCUCUGUUUUUAAAAUGUUUUUCCUACUUUACGGGGCUGCCGCAGCCACACAAAGUGAGCAAAUAUGAGACUUUGAGACAUGUUCAGAAAAUACUUAUAUUGAUUGUGUCACAGUGGCUCUUCUCUGUUGCAAUUUACAAACCGUGAAAUUAUUUUAGUUGAGUUCAGAUAGACUUGUUUAUGUCCCAAUUCCUUUCUUUGCACUGAUAUAGCAUUUGAGUAUUUUGCAAAAUAUUGUUUUGAUUUGACAUUACUGUCAUGUCAGGUAGCCUAUGUUGUUUAGACUUGAAUGAAUCUUGGCCAGUAUCUGAUGCCUAAUACUUGCAUGCUGAUGGAGAACGACAGCUGAAAAAACUAUUYUGAACAAUGUGCAAUGGCCAGAAUUAUGUAGUCAUGAGUAUAACAUUUUAUCUUUUAUUUAACCUUUAUUUAACUAGGCACUUCAGUUAAGAACAAAUUCUUAUUUAUAAUGACGGCCUACCAAGAGGCAGGGACGUGGGCUGGGAUUUUAAAAAAGUUGGGCGAAACACACAUCACGACAAGAGAGACACCACAA